AUGCCUCGAGGAGCAGAAUUCGACAACGGAAAGCCUCAGUCCGACAACCCCAUCGAGGCCGGAGAGGACAAAGUCCAUGGAGGAACAAAGCCCACAUACGAAGCCGACCUCUCCGGCCCCAAAAAGGCCGCACCUCUACCGGAAGGCAUGGACGAAAUGAACGACCGCACCCUCAGCGGCGGCGCGGCCCCGGGACACGAGAGCGGAAAAGGAGGACACGGGUCCCGGACAGGCGGAGAGCAUACGGGCCUAGGUGCCCACAAGGACUUGGGCACGGCGGAUCCGCAUCCGAAGGACCUGAAAGAUGACAGACAGCCUGGGGGGAGUUGA